CAAUCAACAACUGAACACGGAACAGCGAUUGACGUUACCAGUAGUGUCUAGAAACAAACAGACUCAGAGGGAUUUCUUAGUCUCGGAUAAUAUAAAAUAAUAUGUCCGUUUUCGGCAAAUUGUUUGGCGGUGGGGGGAAAGGCGGCAAAGGCCCAAAUCCACAAGAAGCUAUUCAGAAACUCCGUGAGACAGAAGAGAUGUUAACCAAGAAACAAGAGUAUUUAGAGCAAAAAAUUGAUGCGGAGCUAUUAACAGCAAAAAAAAACGGCACGAAAAACAAACGAGCUGCUUUACAGGCCCUAAAAAGAAAGAAGCGAUAUGAAAAGCAACUAGCUCAGAUAGAUGGAACUCUCUCCACUAUUGAGUUCCAGCGAGAAGCAUUAGAGAAUGCCAAUACAAACACAGAAGUGCUUAAAAACAUGGGUUUUGCUGCCAAGGCCAUGAAGACAGCCCAUGAAAAUAUGGAUCUAGACAAAGUGGAUGACCUCAUGCAAGACAUCACAGACCAGCAGGAGUUGGCACAGGAGAUUUCUGAUGCCAUUUCAAGACCUGUAGGUUUUGGAGAAGACUUUGAUGAGGAUGAGCUCUUGGCUGAAUUGGAGGAGUUGGAACAGGAGGAACUGGACAAGAACCUGCUGGAAAUUAGUGGCACAGAGGAUGUCCCCUUGCCCAGUGUGCCUUCAAAUCCAUUACCCAAAAAAACAGCUGUCGCCCACAAAAAGAGAGAAGAGGAGGAUGAGGAUGACAUGGAAGAACUCAAGGCAUGGGCCAUGUGAAUUUACCCAAUCUGACAGACUUUCAUUGCUUGUCCUUGUUGGCUUGUGUAGGCAAACCCAUGUAACUUCAGAGGGUUAACACUACAAAACAAAUUUUCUGAGUUGCCAUGCCUCUUGCAGUAUGGCUAAAAGAAGUCUAGAAAAACAAGAGUUGCAAACAAAAAUGGAUAUGAAGCAGGUUUUUAAAGUAAAUAAGACAAUACAAUCUGAUGACAUAAUAUGUGACGUGACCCUUAAAUAUUUGGCCAUUGUUAUUUAGGUAAUGCAUUAAUGUUUCUAAUUUUUGUUUCUUAUUUGACUUCAGAAACUGGUUGUUUUGAUUUGUCAUGAAAUUAGCAUGUUUGCCAACACACAAGUUUCAUAUUCACUUUCUCUCAUCUUGUCUGAUAUAUUAAAUAUGUUCAGUACUGUUGUUUGCUUCAAACUUUGAUCUUAAUGUGUUCUGUUAGAUUAAUGUUAUUCAGUACUUCCAACAACAUAAACAUUUUUACAGCUUGUUGACAAUGCCAUAAUGGUUUGGUAACAAACAAAAAACCCCGGAUUAACUGACAUUAGCUUCAUUAUUUAUAUAUAUAUAUAUAUAUAUAUAUAUAUAUAUAUAUAUAUAUAUAUAUAUAUAUGACUGCCCAUCAUGUAUUGUUUGGUGCUGUGUCUGAAUAGUUGCAGAAAAUGACCUAUUUAAUAACAGACUUUUCCCACUGAGAUAUUUUCUGGUCUGAUUCAUUGAUAUGCUGAGGGCUUUCUCCUGGCAGUAGAUGACUGUAAUUAUUCAAAACAUACAAAAUAAACAAUACUACAUUUUUUUCCUCAUAAGGGAGCAUAUACUUUUUUUGAAAAAUGCUGUAUCUAUUCAGGUUGAGGCAUAUUUGGUGUUUGUGUAUAUUUGAAAAAAUUCAGAUGGCGUUUAUUUGAGAGAUCAAACUUUUGGAUUCCUUUUC